UAUAAAAUACGAGUUGCGUGCUUAUGUGCAUGUAAUAUAUGAAUUAAUAACGUUAAAGAUUAAGUAUGGCUGAUAAUUCAGAAAAUAAUUUGUCUGACUGUAGAAAAACAUUUCAAGAUAUCGGUAUCGAAGAAAAACAUAUUGAAAGUUCUGUGUUGAAUGGUGUGAUUAAAAACGAUGAUAUAGUAACACCUUGGAAUGUUGAAACUCAAAACGAUGUCGGAAUUGAUUAUGAAAAAUUAAUAAAACGAUUUGGAAGCUCAACGAUAGAUGAUGAUUUACUUAUUAGGUUUGAAAAAGUUACUGGACACAAACCUCAUUAUUUUCUUCGUAGAGGAAUAUUUUUUUCACACAGAGACAUGCAUCUGAUAUUAAAUUUGUUUGAACAAGGCAAAUCAUUUUAUCUCUAUACUGGAAGAGGACCCAGUUCUAAUUCAAUGCACCUAGGGCAUCUUGUACCAUUUAUGUUUUGCAAAUGGUUACAAGAGAUAUUUAACGUUCCGCUAGUAAUUCAAUUAACGGAUGAUGAGAAAGCUAUUUGGAAAAAUUUGAAAAUUGAAGAUGCUAUAAGGUUGGCUUAUGAAAACGCCAAAGAUAUUAUUGCAUGUGGCUUUAAAUUAGAAAAUACAUUCAUUUUCUCAAAUUUAGAACAUAUUGGAAAUAACUCUGCAUUUUAUCAAAAUAUGAUAAGAAUACAAAAAUGUAUAACAUUUAAUCAAAUAAAAGGGAUUUUUGGAUUUGGGGACAGUGACCCUAUUGCAAAAAUUAGUUUUCCUCCGACACAAGCUGCACCUGCUUUUUCCAGUACUUUUCCUUUUAUUUUUAAGAACACAAAAGUUCCAUGUCUUAUCCCAUGUGCUAUAGAUCAAGAUCCGUAUUUCAGAAUGACAAGAGAUGUAGCACCCAAAAUCAAUCAUCCGAAACCUGCAUUAUUACAUUCUAUAUUUUUUCCCGCGUUACAAGGUUCCAAAUCAAAAAUGUCUGCUAGUGAUAAUAAUACCGCUAUAUUUCUGAAUGAUAGUCCAAAACAGAUUAAAAAUAAAAUUAAUAAACAUGCAUUUUCUGGUGGGCAAGCAACUAUUGAAGAGCAUAGACGAUUAGGAGGAAACUGUGAUAUUGAUAUAUCUUUUCAAUGGCUAAGAUUCUUUUUAGAAGAUGAUGAGAAAUUAGAACAAUUAAGAAGAGGCUACUCUAAUGGUGAAAUUCUAACAGGUGAACUAAAAAAAGAAUUAAUAGAUGUAUUACAAAAAAUAACUGUCUUACAUCAAGAAGCUAGAAGUAAAAUUACAGAUAAUGUAGUUAAAGAGUAUAUGAUGCCUCGAGAUCUUGGAUUUACAUUAAAUCAUAAAUUAUCAUAAAUUUUUAUUUAUAUACUUUGUAUACUACAGAAAU